CAUAAAUUAAGAAGGAAAACGGUCCUUUUCCGCUUCUUCUUCAUCUUCUACGGUACGCUACUGUCACUGUCUGUUCUUCGCAUAGACCACUGCCUUAACCGGCGUCAACUUCUCCGGCAAGAUUUGUUCCUUCACUGCUUCUUCCCCGUCAAACUUGUGGUGUGCUGUGAAAGACAUAUAGCAGUUAUUCUUUCUAGUUUUUAAUCUCUCACCAAUUCUUAGAAUGUCUCAAAUGGAUGAUCAUAGGGUUUGGUUUUUUCUCCUUAUUUUGCUUUCUUUCUCAUUAAGAUGUAAAUCAUGGAGUUGGUUUUCAUCAUCUAAAGAAAGUCAUUCUAGUGAGAAUACCUACGAAAAUCAAGCAAAUUUUAGAGGUUCGAGUGCCGAAUUCUCAGUCGAACCUUUCAAUGAUCCAAAGGGAGUAAAACUAGUACAGAAUGCUAAGAACAAAAUGGUUGGAUCAAAUGCUUGUUGGCAAAACGCUUAUAAAAAUCUUUUCGCCGGGUGUUCCGAGAUUUUGGCUACUAAUGACAAAAGAUCUAGAUUAGCUUGGCAUUUAAGUGAUUGUUUUCAAAGAGAUUCGGGCCGAGCUUCGUUUCCUCAUUGCGACUCAAAAACACCGAUUGCUAAAUGCCUGCGAAACUUAGAUGAUCUUGCUCAUAAGGUUUACCUUGAAUUCUACCUCGAAACCAAUUCCAUUUGUUAUCAAUUACAGACACAUGCAUUCAAACAUGAAACCGAGAGACUAGUGACUGAAUUGAAGAGUUCGGCUCAAUAUGUCGAGGACAAGUUAGAUAACAUUGAAGAGAAAUCGGAUUAUCUAUUACAAGGCUCAAAACAAAUUUCUGAAUCUCUUGAAUCGGUUAAUAGCCACACGCAGCUCGUAGCACAAACUGUCAAGAAUGUGGAAGGCGAUAUUGAUGUGGUAUUAACACAUUCUAAGAGUGUCUAUGAGCAAACUACGAAAAUUGCAGCAUCACAGUUGCAACUAAAAGAAGGGCAAGAGGACAUGAAGAGGAAUUUAGAGGAUGGAGUCGCUUUGCUUAAAGAAUCUUAUAGCUAUUUGGGCAAGGAAAUCGAAAAGUUGAGAGAUGAAGCCAUUGAGAUUGAGAAUGAGGUGAUCAAAGUUGGUGAUGCAAUGUCAUCGAAGAUGAACAAUUUACAAAACAAAGCCGAAGAUAUUGGAAACAUGGCCGGGAUCUCUUUAGAUAAACAACAACUUCUUUUAGACGGACAAUCCACCGCACUCAAGGGUCUAAAUUCAUUGAAUGAAGUUCAAUUCAAAGCACUAGAAGAAAGCCGGAAAAGCCUACAAUAUUUUGCAGAAUAUGGACAUAGGCAACAAGAAGAGCUUCUAAAGAGGCAAGAACAAAUUCAAGGGCUACAUGAUAGGUUAAUGGAAAAUUCGAAAACAAUAUUGUCUGCUCAGGAAUCCUUUGAAGCAAAACAAGCUACUAUGUUUGUUGCAUUGGAUAAACUUUUUGCUCUACAAAAUGCCAUGUUGCUCGAAUCAAGAGUGAUUAAAGCUUUCUUCAUUUAUUUCAUAUCGAUCUUUGUCGUCUUUAUGUUGACUAGCACGAAACUGACCUAUAAUAUCAGACCUUUACUUUACAUUGAACUUUGUGCUACUCUCAUGACUGAAGUGUUACUUAUUCGCUUAAUAAGCGACGACAACAUGGAGAAACAAACAUGGAUAAUCAACAAAGUGAGGUUACUUUUCAUGGUAGCGGCUUUGGCUCAACUUUUAUACGCAAUUUGCACAUACAAAGACUUUGAAAGGAUGAACCAUCAAAUGCUACUAACACUAGUUAACAAGAUUAACAACAUUCAAAAUAUAGAAGAGACGUCUUCAAACCUCGAUAAUGAUGAUGACGAUAUAAAUUGGUCGCAAUGGAUAGAUAACGAUUUAUCUGAAGAUGUCAAUGAUCUGGAUGAUCCCGACUUUAUAAUUCCAGAAGAAGUUGCAGAAAAUUCAAUCAUAAUCUCUCAAAAUACAAAAAGUUAUAAUUUGCGCUUGCGCAACCGGUUACAUUAACUCUUUUCUCCCCCACAAAGACAAUUGGUUCUUUUCUUUGCAUCAUUUACUAGCUAACCUGCAGAAGUUCUGAGUUUGAUAUCAAUAUUUUAGUACACCUAUUAUACUAUUUUUGUAAAGACUUAAAAUCUUUUAAGUCAUUUAUGUACAACUUUAUAGUUUAUUAAUUUAUUUCAUGAUUGAGGAUUAUAUACUACUGAUUAAGGAUUAUGUACUACUGUAAAUGUAUCUGUGAAUGGGACAGUAGGUAAAGAUUGAUACGCUAAAUGUUUGAUUGAAUGA